AUGAUCCAUGCUCAAUUUCCGUACAAACAAGCCCUGAAAAGUCCCGACCUCUGGUUUUCUGCGGAUUCCAACAGGUUUUCUGCGGAUUCCCACAUGGGAUUACUUGGCAAAGGGAAGCUUCUGGCAAAGGAAUUUUGUGAGGUGAUAAAUAGCAAGACCUUGCCAAUAUUUAUUUCUGGCCAAACACGGCAGUCGAACAUUCGGCAGUUACGAUACCUAUGCAAUCUUCGAGGUGAAUUGAAAAUUAAACACCUCGAGAAUGCAAUUAUUGAAGAUUCUUUGUUGGAAGACAAGCAACUUGACUCGUUGGGACUGUCAUGGGGAGAUGUUGACGAACAUAAGCUGAAUGGCGCAAAUCCGGUGGAAGGGUUCGCUCGCCUGAACAAAUUAUCCAUCAUCAACUGCCCUGUUUUGAUUACCAUUUCAUUGUUUCCGUCUCUUCAACAUGUAGAGGUGAGGAACUGCCACCCAGUGAUCCUUCGUUGUGUAGCACAGCUACAAUCACUCUCCACUCUUGUUAUCGACAAGUUUCCGGAGUUACUCUAUAUACCAAAAGCACUCAUAGAAAACAAUUUGCUUCUUUCUUCUUUUACAAUUUCCUCUUGUCCCAAACUUCGUUCGUUGCCUGCAAAUCUCGGAGAACUUCAGAAUUUGAAGUUGCUAAAAAUUGGUUGGUUUCAGGAGCUACACUCUUUGCCACAUGGAUUCGAGAAUCUCACUUCUCUGGAGACUUUGGAGAUUAUUGAGUGCCCCAAUUUAGUCUCCCUCCCAGAGGAAAGCCUAGAGGGAUUGAAUGGUCUCCAACGUCUCCGCGGACUCCAACAUUUGUCCAUCAGGGGUUGUCCUGAACUUGAAAAACGAUGUGAGAGCGGGAAGGGAGAGGAUUGGCAAAAAAUAUCUCACAUACCCUAUAUUUAUGUGGGAUCAGCAACAUUGCCGCAGAGACGUGACACUGCUAGCAGCUCUUCAUCUUCAUAG